AUGCUUCUUGACGCUUUCAAGACUACAAAGAGAGAACAAAUGGUUGACUCCGACUCAGACAUUUUGGAUGCAAUUGAAGGAAUUGCAAGUGUCAAGUUCGAAUGGUACCAACCUAACCCUCAAGCAGUCAGACAACAUGUUUGUUAG